UUCAAAGAAUGAAAUAUUAUAUCCUAGCAACAAUAUUAAAAAGAAUAAUUUUAAUUAAAAUAAUUUUUUUCGAAACUAGAAAUUUUGCUCUGAGUCAAACAAUAACACCACCAUGUUCGUGUUCAAAUGUUAAACCAAAUUUUGGUACAAAUUCAAAUAUACCACAACAAUUAUGUGUUCCUCCAUUAGCCUAUGAUCAAAAAAGUGUUUGGCUAACUUGGAAUAAACCUGAUAAUUAUGAAAAUAUUGCUGAUUUUAAUGUUUAUAUGGGUGGAAAGAAAAUUGGAAGUGCCAAAGCAAAUUCAGCUGUAAAUACUUUGUCUGGCCCUUAUAUUCAAAAUUUUUAUAAAAAUGAUUUAAACAAUUUCCAUACAAAAAUACUUUUUACAACAUAUUUAGUUACUGGACUUAAUCCAAACACAAUAUACACAUUUACUGUUAGAGCUGUAGAUUCAAAUGGGGCUGAAUCUGGAAAUAGUAAUCAAGUUGUUGUUAAAACUGCUGAAAAUUAUGGAAAGAUUGUCGAUAUAACAACAGUCGGGGCGAAAGGAGAUGGAACCACAUUAAAUACACAAACAAUUCAAAAAGCUAUAGAUUCUUGCUCCACCUCAACUUCAGCUUUUGGAUGUAAAGUUUUAAUUCCAAAAGGAAUUUUUCUAAGCGGGCCUUUAUUUUUACGUUCACAAAUGACUUUUGAAUUGGCUAAUGGGGCUAUUUUACGUGCAACUUCUGAUCCUUCUAAAUUUCCAAAUCAAUAUGGAAAUACUCCUAUUGCUUUUUUGAAUGCUCUUAACGGAUCAUUAACAAAUAUUCGAGUGAUUGGCCUGGGAUCAGUUGAUGGUAAUGGAUGGAAAUUAGCUUCUAAUGCUAUAGAUGAACUUGGCAAACAAAUUCCUGUAUAUGUAAAGGGUUCGCCUAGCACAGUUAAUAACCUAGGCAUUUUGGCCGCGAAUCAAGUACAAUCACAUGGAAAUAACUAUAAUUCUCGAUCAAGACUUGCAAAUUUUAAUUUUGUUACAAAUUUACAUAUUGGAGGAGGAAUUACAUUUAUAAACCCUUCAAUGACUACAGUAGGGCUUGCAGAUAGCAAAAAUGUUUCAAUAAUCAGUGUUAGAUUCCAAACAUAUAAUAUAAAUAACGGUGAUGGUAUAGAUAUUGGUAGAAGUUCAAAUAUCCAAAUAAUUGGAAGUUUCUUCGAUACAGGCGAUGAUUGUAUUGCAAUGGGUACUGGUUGUGGAAGUAAUGCUGGACAAGGGGCUCCCGUCCAAUGUGUACUAAUUAAAAACAACUAUUUCCGACAUGGACAUGGAGCACCUGCUUUUGGAGGCAGCGCCGGGGAUGGAAUUAUAAAUGUACUUGUUGAGGACAAUGUCGCCUUUUUAACUGACAAUGGCAUUCGUUUUAAAAGUUCUCCACAAUGUGGUGGUGGUGCUCAAAAUGUUUAUGCUCGUGACAUUGCAAUGCUCAGUGUUGGCUCUUACAAUAAUUUUACUUUUGGUGGUCGCCAAUUUAGUGGAGAUACAACUGCUGGGCACCCUUUCGUUUUUAUGUUAGAUUAUGAUUCCAAUCCGUCUGGAAAUGCAAAAAUACCUGCACAAUUUAAAGAUAUCACAAUUACUCGUUGUAGUGUUGAUAAUAUAAAGCCUACAAAAAGUGGAGAAAUUCUUUAUGUAGUAGGACAUGAUGGAGGAAAUAUUUAUCAACCAGUUUAUAACAAAAAUAUUACAUUUAAAAACAUUAAAGUAAUUAAUGCAGCACCAGCACAAAUAAAAUUACUCGACACUGGUAUUUUUAAUACAUUUACUUUUACAAAUUUUGGCGGUAACGACCCUUGGUCAAUUACUAAAUCUAAAGAUGUUCAAUUUAUUAAUGUACCCACAAUGAAGUUAAAUAAACUAAAUUUUGCUUGA